AUGUUCACAACUUCCAUGGAUUUGGAGGGCACUUUGGCAAAUGAUGCACAGCUCAGUACGAUGGUUGCUGAACAGGUUGAACAAGCUCAAGCUGGUCUAGAAUCACUUUCCUUCUCUCAAAAGACAAUAAACCAGCUUCGUGGGAACUUUGUUUCGAUUGAGAAGCUAUGCCAAGAAUGCCAAACAUUAAUUGAAAAUCAUGACCAGAUAAAACUCCUUAGUAAUGCGAGGAAUAAUUUAAACACCACUCUAAAGGAUGUGGAGGGAAUGAUGUCAAUUUCUGUCGAAGCUUCUGAAGCUCGUGAUUCUUUGAGUGAUGAUAAGGAACUCAUUAACACUUUUGAGAGGUUAACAGCUCUAGAUGGAAAGCGGAGGUUUGCAUUAGCUACUGCAGGAUCUCACAAAGAAGAAGUUGGUAGACUAAGGGAAUAUUUUGAAGAUGUUGAUCGCACUUGGGAGACAUUUGAGAAGACAUUAUGGGAUCAUAUUCGCAACUUCUUUAAACUUGCUAAAGAAAGCCCACAAACUCUUGUUCGUGCUUUGAGGGUUGUUGAAAUGCAAGAAAUCCUUGAUCAGCAACUUGCCGAGGAAGCAGCUGAGGCGGAGGGAAGUGGUGCAAUGGCAUCAAUUACAAAUCCUCGCAGAACUGCCAAAAAAUCUACAACCGCGACUGCAUCUCCUAGAAAUCUUGCACAGCAGAAGUUGAAAAUUCAGGGUAAAGGCUACAAGGAUAAAUGUUAUGAACAAAUAAGGAAGUCUGUUGAAGAACGAUUUAACAAAUUGUUAAUUGAGCUUGGAUUUGAAGAUCUGAAAGCUGCUUUAGAUGAGGCUCGAAUGAUUGGUGAAGAGCUUGGUGAUAUAUAUGAUUAUGUGGCUCCUUGUUUUCCUCCAAGAUACGAAAUAUUCCAGCUCAUGGUUAAUCUUUAUACCGAGAGGUUUAUUCAGUGGCUGAGACUGCUUAGUGAUCGGGCUAACGAUUUGACCAAUAUAGAGAUUUUAAAGGUAACUGGUUGGGUAGUUGAAUACCAAGAUAAUCUGAUUGGACUUGGGGUUGAUGAGUCCUUAGCUCAAGUUUGUUCUGAGAGUGGUGCAAUGGAUCCCCUGAUGAAUUCAUAUGUGGAAAGAAUGCAAGCCACGACAAGGAAAUGGUAUUUGAAUAUACUUGAGGCAGAUAAGGUGCAGCCGCCAAAGAAAACUGAUGAUGGAAAGUUAUAUACGCCAGCUGCUGUUGAUUUAUUUAGGAUUCUUGGAGAGCAAGUGCAAAUUGUACGAGAAAACAGCACUGAAGUCAUGUUGUACAGAAUUGCUUUGGCUGUCAUUCAGGCAAGUUCAGCUUCAUAGAUUUUGCCUACAUGUUCUUUUAGAAAAGGGAAGCCACCUUAUUUCUCUAAGUUUCAGAAGAUAGUUACUCCAUGAGAAGCCACACUUCACUAUGUCCAGGAUAUGCAUCUUUACUUAGAAGGGAUGAAUAUUCAACUGGUGAUAUUUAAUUGUGUUUUUUGCUGUUUCCUCAGAAAAUAUGCAUUUUACUUGUUUGUAGCCAUUUGUUUUUGACAAGAAACCAGAUGUUUUAUUAAU